AUCACCGAGGCGCCCUGCAAGUUUCUCACAUCACUUUUUUCUUCUUCCGGAAAAGCAGUUUGAAUCUUCCUCUUCGGCCGCGGUCGGGAAGACGAAGGGAAAACAUGGCUGCCCUUUCAGCCUGGUUCUGGAACGAGAGGUUUUGGCUGCCUCACAACGUAACAUGGGCGGACCUAGCCCAGCAGGCUCCUGGGGUGGAGUACCCCAAAGCUGGACACUUGUUUGCCGCCCUGCCGCUAGCUUUGGGGAUAUUCGCCGUGAGGAUGCUCUUUGAGAGAUUUGUCGCCAGUGCCUGUGCGAGGAGCCUCCACAUUCAUCCAGAUGUUGCACGACGAGCUCCGCCCAACGCAGUUCUAGAGAAAGUAUUUACAUCCAUAACAAAGAGUCCGGAGCCCCGCCAUCUGGACGGCCUGUCCAAGCAGCUGGACUGGGAGGUGCGAAAGGUCCAGCGCUGGUUCCGACAGCGCAGGAACCAGGAUAAACCCAGCGUACACGCUAAGUUCUGCGAGAGCAUGUGGAGGUUAACGUUUUAUUUGUGCAUAUUUACCUAUGGCUUCCAGUUUCUCUGGCAGACACCUUGGAUGUGGGACACGCGGCAUUGCUGGUACGGUUACCCUUACCAGGUCAUGACCCCUGGGCUUUACCGCUACUACGUGGCAGAGCUGGCCUUCUACUGGUCGCUCAUGUUCUCCCAGUUCACAGACAUUAGGAGGAAGGACUUCUUGGCCAUGUUGGUUCAUCACCUGGCGACAGUGGGCCUGAUCAGCUUCUCCUACGCCAACAACAUGGUGCGGGUGGGCAGCCUGGUGAUGUGUGUGCACGACGCCUCCGACUUCCUGCUCGAGGCAGCCAAACUGGCCAACUAUGCCAAGUAUCAGCGGCUGUGUGACCUCCUCUUCAUCGUGUUUAGCGUGGUGUUCUUCAUCACGCGGCUUGUCAUAUAUCCACUAUGGGUGCUGAACUCCACCAUGUUUGAGAGUUGGGUUAUAGUCGGCCCCUUCCCGUCGUGGUGGCUCUUCAACGUUUUACUGCUGGUGCUGCAGGUGCUGCACGUCGUCUGGUCUUACCUCAUCGCACGCAUCGCCAUCAAGGCCGUCCUAAGGGGCAAGGUGUGCAGCGACGUGCGCAGCGACGUGGAGAGCAGCUCCGAGGACGAGUCGCCGCGGGAGGAGAACGGCGCCAAUGGCCACUGCGCCGCCAGGAGCCGGCCUCAGAACCACGGCGACUGCUCGCAUCACGCGUGACCUUUUUGAGUAAAAAAACGCCCGCC